AUGUAGGCUAUUAUAGGUGUACCUUUACUUCUCUGUUGGGAUUGCUUCUGCUUCUUUUCCUAUCGAUAAUUUCUACGAGUGUCCUCAGUUGUGCAUUUAUUUAUUUGUGGUACUAGAUUUUUUUUUUGGGUUGGUUUAUGUAUCUAUUUUUUUCUUUUUUGAGAAAAAAAUUGUGCCUAAAAAGACUUGCUGAGCCAAAAUAUGGUCCCAGUGUGAAUUAUGAACCACAGCUAAAUGCUUUACACGUGGUCGUGUCAGAGGAACAACCUUACAACUAGCACUAGGUACUGAACUAGAAGUCUGGAACUGAACUGAGACUUCUAAGUUUACACACACCCUCUGAGCUUGAGCCCCCGUCUAUAGGGACUAGGGAGUUUCUCUUUGUCCUCAAAUAUAAUAUUUGUGUGUGUGUAUAUAUCUAUAUACACACACACAAGAGACUCUUGUGUAUGAGCAAAUUUGUAGGAUUUAGAUUCGGUGAUACAGUCAAAACAAAAAAGAAAAGAAAAACAUUGAAUAUCGUAGUAACUCUGUCUGCCUCACCAAACUGAGUGAGAGGUUUCACAAAGAGGUUUCAGACAAAUGAAUAUCAGAGAAGAAAUGCAGAAGGCUAACCGUUUGAUUGCUCAGAUUGGCAAUUUUGGGCUUCAACUUGUGUGGUUUAUUCUGCAUCUUAGUGUCAGCACAUGGUACUUUCUGCUGGAAAUAGCUCACGCAGUUGAAAGUUAUUUCAUCUCUAGUGGGCUAAUGAAGAGCUACAAAGCCCUUAAUUUAGGCAAGCUUCAGUACCUGGCCAUUGUGGUAGGAAGUGAAGAAGCUUACCAAACUUCGAAGGUCAGUGAACUUCUACAGUGGCUGGAAGCUAUUGGCGUGAAGCAUGUGUGCCUCUAUGAUAUGGAAGGAGUAUUAAAGAGAUCAAAAGAAGCUAUAUUGGAAAAAAUGAGCAAUGCAACAGUAUUUCAGGAAGCUGAUGAAAAUGAUAAGCUACUUGACCAAAAACAUAUGAUGCUAGAAUUUGCGUCAUUCUCUGAUGGAAAAGAAGCAGUAGCAAAAGCAGCUAACUUACUUUUUGCAAAGUAUUUGACAUCAAAUAAUUCUAGUGAAGAUCAGGAAGGGGAAAUUUUUACGGAACCUCACAUGACUGAGUCACUAAGAGCUGUUGGAAGUGGAGGGCCAGAACCUGAUCUCCUAUUAGUAUAUGGACCUGCAAGAUGUCACCAAGGUUUCCCUGCAUGGAGGAUACGAUAUACUGAGAUUGUACAUAUGGGAUCAUUGAAGUCCAUGAGAUAUGGUUCCCUAAUUAAGGCUAUUUAUAAAUUCACCAUGGUGCGCCAGAACUAUGGUAAGUGAGCCAUCACAUUACGAGGUCAUCGUCUAAAAUAAGCCAUGCAGUGAUAAAUGGGCAAUUGAAUACUGCAUGGGGCAAUGCGUUUGUUCACGGAGUAUGAACUUCUUUUUAUGCUUUAAGUGUAGGCAGAUUGCAUUGGCUUAAUCUUUGAAGUUAGAAAUAGGAAAGCCUCUCUCUCUCUCUCUCUCUCCAUAUGUAUUUUUCUUGAACUAUUGUUAAGUCACGGUUGAAAAGAAAAUGAUUUAUUGCUUUUGGGCAGAAUUUCAGGCAUCUGAUUUAUUUGAGAAAACCACGACGUAUUGAAAAUGCUCCACAGAAUUUUAGGCCAAAAUUUUUACAUUUGGGCCUAAUUUCUGAGGAUUUUGUGAAAAAUAUUUUUCUUUCUAAUUUAUAUGUGACCUCAGUUCAAUUUGAGUGAA